GCGGCGGCUCCUCCCGAUCUCCCAGGCGCAGCAGCAGCCCCCUCUCCGGCGUGCUUCUGACGGGGCCGGUAGCUGAUUUAUUUAUUUUUUUAAACUGACACCUCCUCCCCGUCUCGUUUUGCCGAGAGACCCACUGCAAAUCCGGAGGAGGAGCGGUUCUGGCGGGCUCUGAAUCAUCUCUCUCUCCCCCCCCCCCGCUUCCUCCCGGAGGAGGAUCUGGUGUGUAGGACUUACAAACCUGCAGAGAUCCGGCUCUAUCGGGGGGCUUUUGGACACCGCGCUCUGCCUCCCCUCCGAUUGAGAAUAUUAUUUCUGGCGCCGCAGGAGGCGGCCAAGCGGGCGGCGGGUCCAGGCUGAGAGAUGCGGUGCUCGGCAGCAGCGCAGCCGGUGAGAUUGCAUCGGCAACUGCAGCAAGAGGCUCGCUAAGGAAACCCGGCAGCCGGAGCCGUCAGGCGUCGCUUCCCCGCCGCCCCCCCCCAAGACUUGGCCGAGCGACUGCGGCCCCCUCCCAGCCCGGCGGCUGCUCGCCCCUCCCUGGCCGCGCCGGCGGGGCUGCGCUUCUGGGCCAGGCGCCUUGGAGCGAGGAAGCUCUUCCUUGAGAACACGCGCGCACUCUCGCCGCCGUCAAGUCCGUGCAUUGGAGGAUAUUUCUGCUUUGGGUCCAGAAGAGAAGCUGCGGGGUUCUGAAUUAUUCUCUCCACCCCGAAGUUGGACGCCGCCCGCAAGGGGGAUCCGCCAGCCGGAGCCAGGCGCCCCCGCGAGCUGCCUCCAUGGUGGGGCUGGCGGGUCUGCGCGGAUCUUGGCGAGCAACAGGUCCUGGAACUUGAGCGAGGCGAAGGCGGCGGCGAGCCGGGGCGCAGCGAGGCGGCGGCCGAGGGGGCGGCGGGCGCGACGACUCCCGGCCGCGGGGAGCGACGGCAGAGCGGGCGGCCUCGUCAGGGGGCUUCGUCGGCGCGCCCGGGGAUGUGGCCCCUUUCGGCCUGCUGCUUGCUGCUGUGCUGGACUCUGCCUGCCCUGACGCUCAAGAACCUGAACUACUCGGUGCCCGAGGAGCAGGGCGCCGGCACAGUGAUCGGCAACAUCGGCCGCGAUGCCCGGCUGCAGUCCGGCGCGGGCGGCGGGUUGCCGUCCCUGGAGCGCGCCCGCGGCUCCAAGUCCACCUUCCGCGUGCUGGAGAACUCGGCUCCGCACCUGCUGGACGUGGACGGCGAGAGCGGCUUGCUGUACACCAAGCAGCGCCUGGACCGCGAGGCUCUGUGCCGGCGGAGCGCCAAGUGUCAGCUGUCGCUCGAGGUCUUCGCCAACGACCAGGAGAUCUGCAUGAUAAAGGUCGAGAUCCAGGACCUGAACGACAACGCGCCCGCCUUCCCGUCGGACCAAGUGGACCUGGACAUCUCCGAGAACGCGGCGCCGGGCACCCGCUUCCCGCUGGCCAGCGCACACGACCCGGACGCCGCCGAGAAUGGGCUGCGCACCUACGUGCUCACCCGCGACGACUACGGCCUCUUCUCGCUCGACGUCAAGGCCCGCGGCGACGGCACCAAGUUCCCCGAGCUGGUGGUGCAGAAGCCGCUCGACCGCGAGGAGCAGAGCCACCACACGCUCGUGCUGACGGCGGUCGACGGCGGCGACCCUCCGCGCUCGGGCACCGUGCAGCUCAACGUGCGCCUCAUCGACUCCAACGACAACAGCCCCGUCUUCGAGGCCGCCUCGUACGUGGUGGAGCUGCCCGAAAACGCGCCGCUGGGCACGGCCGUCAUCGACCUCAACGCCACCGACGCCGACGAGGGCACCAACGGCGAGGUGCUCUACUCGUUCAGCGGCUACGCGCCCGAGCGGGUCCGCGAGCUGUUCAGCAUCGACCCGCAGACGGGCCUGAUCCGCGUCAAGGGCAACUUGGACUACGAGGAGGGCGGCCUCGUUGAGAUCGACGUGCAGGCGCGCGACCUGGGGCCAAACCCCAUUCCGGCCCACUGUAAAGUCACCGUGCGCCUCGUCGACCGCAACGACAACGCACCCACCAUCGGCUUCGUCUCUGUGCGCCAAGGGGCGCUGAGCGAGGCGGCUCCUCCCGGCACCGUUAUCGCCCUGGUGAGAGUGACGGAUCGGGACUCGGGCAGGAACGGGCAGCUGCAGUGCCGGGUGCAAGGGGAUGGCAGCGGGGGGGACGGGGCCGUGCCAUUCACCCUGGAGGAGAACUACGACAACUUGUACACCGUGGUGACAGACCGGCCUUUGGACAGAGAAGUGCAGGACGAGUACAAUGUCACCAUCCUGGCCAGAGACGGGGGCAACCCUUCCCUCAACUCCACCAAAUCCUUCUCUGUCAGGAUCCUGGACGAGAACGACAACCCUCCCCGCUUCAGUAAGAGUCUCUAUGUGCUGCAGGUCCCUGAGAACAACAUCCCCGGGGAGUACCUGGGCUCUGUGCUGGCCAAGGACCCAGACCUGGGGCAGAAUGGCACAGUGUCCUACUCCAUCUUGCCGGGCCACGUGGGCGAUGUCUCUAUCUACACCUAUGUCUCCGUCAACCCCACCAAUGGCGCCAUCUAUGCCUUGCGUAGCUUCAACUACGAGCAGACCAAGCACUUUGAGUUCCAUGUGUUGGCCAAAGACUCCGGCUCCCCCCACCGUGAGAGCAACGCCACCGUCCGCGUCACUGUCCUCGAUGUCAAUGACAACGCUCCUCUCAUUGUCUUGCCAGCCCUCAUCAAUGACACCGCCGAGCUCCAGGUCCCAAGGAACGCUGGCGUUGGGUAUCCCGUGGGCACUGUCCGUGCCAUGGACAGCGAUUUUGGGGAAAGUGGGCGCCUCACCUAUGAGAUUGUGGAAGGCAAUGAGGAGCACCUCUUUGAGAUGGACCCGACCAGUGGGGAGAUCCGCACACUGCACCCUUACUGGGAAGAGCUGAGCCCUGUUGCUGAGCUCGUGGUCAAGGUCAGUGACCAUGGAAAGCCCAGCCUUUCUGCAGUGGCCAAGCUGAUUGUGCGGGCCUUGGCUGGACCUCUGCCUGAAGCAGGUGAGCCCCAGGUGAAUGGCGAGCAGCACAGGCGGCCCCACUGGGACCUGUCCCUGCCUCUGAUUGUCACCCUGAGCACCGUUUCCAUCAUCCUCCUGGCUGCCAUGAUCACCAUUGCCGUGAAGUGCAAGCGGGAGAACAAGGAGAUCCGCACCUACAACUGCCGCAUUGCUGAGUACAGCCACCCCCAGCUGGGUGGAGGGGGUGGUGGCGGAGGUGGGGGAGGAGGCAGCGGCGGGAGCAAGGGCAAGAAGAAGAAGAUUAGCAAGAACGACAUCAUGCUGGUGCCCAGUGAAGGGGAGGACAGCCGGGGGCCCCUCAAUGUCAUGAACGUGGUCAGCAGCCCCUCCUUGGCCACUUCCCCCAUGUACUUUGACUACCAGACCCGGCUGCCCCUGAGCUCGCCCAGGUCGGAGGUGAUGUACCUGAAGCCUGCCUCCAACAACCUGACUGUGCCGCAGGGGCAUGUGGGGGGCCACACCAGCUUCACAGGGCAAGGGACUAACGUCAGUGAGGCUCCCCCGAGCCGGAUGUCCAUAAUUCAGACAGACAAUUUUCCCGCAGAGCCCAAUUACAUGGGCAGCAGGCAGCAGUUUGUUCAAAGUAGCUCCACAUUCAAGGACCCUGAGAGAGCCAGCUUGAGAGACAGUGGCCAUGGGGACAGCGACCAAGCAGACAGUGACCAGGAUACUAACAAAGGCUCCUGUUGUGACAUGUCGGUUAGAGAGGCCCUUAAGAUGAAAGCGACUUCGACUAAAAGCCAGCCGCUCGAACCAGAACAGCAAGGGAGAGGCCAAAGACCCAUUGUUGGGCUCUGUGGACCGGCCCGCUGUAAGGAAGGAAAAUUUCCAGAACAAGAGGAGUGUGUUAAUUGCACAGAUGAAUGCCGAGUGCUUGGUCAUUCUGACAGAUGUUGGAUGCCCCAGUUCCCUGCUGCCAACCAGGCUGAAAAUGCAGAUUAUCGAACAAAUCUCUUUGUCCCCACAGUGGAGGCUAAUGUUGAGACUGAGACUUACGAAACUGUGAACCCCACGGGGAAAAAGACUUUUUGUACAUUUGGGAAAGACAAGAGAGAGCACACUAUUCUCAUUGCCAAUGUGAAACCUUAUCUCAAAGCCAAACGUGCCCUGAGUCCUCUCCUCCAAGAGGUUCCCUCAGCAUCAAGCAGCCCAACCAAGACCUGUAUUGAGCCUUGCACCUCAACAAAAGGACCGCUGGAUAGUUGUGAAGUCAAAACAGGAGCCUUGGCUAACCCCAGCAGCCAGUACAUGACAGCCAGUGACAGCCAGUACCUAUCUCCUAGUAAACAGUCCAGAGACGCUGCCUUCAUGGCGUCUGAUCAGAUGGCCAGGGUCUUUGCUGAGGUGCAUUCCCGGGUGAGCCGAGACUCCGCUGAGAUGGACUCUGUGUUGGAGCAGAUAGACCGUUCAAACAGGGAACUAGGGAGAGAGUCAGUGGAUGCAGAGGAAGUAGUGCGGGAGAUUGACAAGCUUUUGCAGGACUGUCGGGGAAACGACCCUGUAGCUGUGAGGAAAUGAAGCAAAAACCACAAAAGACAGUCUGGCAUUUGUUUGCUUCUUCUGCUGAAUUAAAACAAAAAAAAACAAAAUCUCCCCUGGUUCUAAAAUUUAUACAGGGAUGAACGAAGACCAAUGCUGCUUUAAGGCUUUUAGUGAACAUCUGAAGUGCCCACAAGUAUGUUCUUUUCACUGCUCUAUCUUUUUCCACAGAUAACACUGGUUUCGUUUUUACCAAACUUUCAUUAGAACGGUGUGAUGUAUGUUAAUGAGAAGGAAGGAGGAGGGAGAACAAUGAUGCCACUUUGACAAUCUAAUAGAAAGGUACAAAGGGAAAAUAGGCAAAUGGAACCUGAUGUUUUAGGACUGAUAGUUGUUCACUGUUUAUGUGUAGACUCCAUAAAAAGCAGGGUGGAAUACUUAUCUGAUAGAUUUCCAGCAGUCAUUAUAGGCUUCAACUGAAAAUCCCAAAAUCAGAAACCAAGAAACAAAAAGUCUUGUAGUCGACCCGGCCCCACCAAACAUUAACACUCAUUUGUGACAACCAUUUCUGUAUAAAGUUAUCUGCCACCAAAAAAAAAAAGGGAAAAAAGAGAAAGAAACCCAAGAAUCCAUUCCAUAACAUUGUUCAGCAAAAAUAUUCUGGUCAUUAGUAACACAGCUCAUGUCAUAUAAAAGUUAAAUGUGAAAUGAUAGAGUCCUUGUUUGUCCUGCACCUGCAUAAACUAACUCACGUGCAAAGGAGAGGGGGGGAAAUGCUUUAGUGUCCAGCAAAAUUUCUAGGCUAGCAGUAUGUUUUAAACCUGAGGCAUAAUAUGAGAUCACAAAUAAUAAUUACCUUUUGAUAGGUAAUAAUAGAGGAGACAAAUUAACAUUAUUAACACCUUUUGUAAUUCAUUUGUGGACACUAAAAUAGCUCAAGUGAGUGCAAACAUUUCAGACAUCAACACAAAUUCACACAAAACCAUUUAAAUGUGCAAAUGUAAGAAGAUUCAAUGUGUUUACAUCAAAUGACAUAUUUUUAUUGAUUUAUUGCAGAUUCAGUGCAUUUGAGCCAAAUUGUUGAGUGUAUAAGAGCUAUAUUGUGUAUUUUAUUAAAUUAAUAUAUAGUUGUGUUGCAAAAAAAAAAUAUUUGGGCUUAUGAUGUAAAUGGCAAGUGUUGCCUCAGUAGCUGUCAAACUCUAUGAGUUUUGUUCUCUCCUUUUCUUUCUUUCUUUCUUCCCCCCUGUGGAUUGUGGGAAGCAGAGCCUCAGAGCAAAGUCUCUUGUUUAAUGUAUGGUCUACCAAGUACCACAGUACAUAAUCUGUUCAAAAUGUGUCUUGAGUGAGUUGAUGGAGCUGACUGAACGGCCGGCAAAUACAUCCAUCAGUCAUGGUUAUGUGCAAGUCCUUGUAGAAGCUUCUGUCGCAACCCAUGUUUAAUAACAAAAAUUACACUUGAACCAACACCUGGAACCUUAUUCUUUACUGAGCUUCGUCACUCACUCACAUGAACGCAGGCGGUCUGUUUAGAUAUCACAGUCAUGGUUGAGUUCUCAAAUUAGCCUAAUAUUUCAAAGUUUCAUACUAGACUUCGGUUCAUGGAGCAUGAAAAUGCUUUGGUGCCCAUGUGGUACAAACAAUCUUUUGUCUGGUUUCCUGGAAAUUGCUAUUACAUUGACUGAGGUUUCAGCUUGAGCUCACAGCCCUCCUUCUCUCUCUCUUUCCUAUCAUCCUCUAUUAUUAGAGUUUUUUGGUAAUUUUAUUCGCUCUCUGUCCAUUGCACACACUUUUCUAUGUGCUGUUCCACAUUUGAUUCUUAUGAAAGCUACUUUUUAAAAUUAAUGUUUUCUUUGAAUUAAAUUUGUAAGUACAACUGAGCACCAUGAAACAUUCAUAUAUCUCCUUAGUUCCCCAUAUCUGUGUUUUGGGUAAACUGUGCAACAUAGCAGCAGCAAUAUUAAAUAUGAACCCAUCAUUUUCUUACUUUUUUUUCAGGGUGAAAAGCAAACUUACUUCAGGCUGGCAAAUUUCAGGCUCCACAGCCUUUCUUUUACUUCAAACUCCACAUUUUUCACUCCACUAAAGAAGUGAGAGAGUGUAGUACUCAGAGGUGAUGUUAUGUUAGUUGUGCAAUGGUUAUCACUUCCUUAAAAGCAAAAUAGGACUAAAAAUAAUUCCCUGAAAACAGCUCACUUUGAGCUUGGUUUCCAUCACACAGAUGUUUGAAUCUGUGUUUGAAGAUGUUGGGCUCCAUUAUUUAGGAGCAGGAGCUGCCUUGUUUCCUGACAUUUAUGAUUGCUUUGGGGUGACCCUCCUUGCAUCUCCUUGCAGCUGACAGCGUGGUGGGGGGGCGGCACUCACCUGACCUCUGCUCAGUCACAUCACUGCUGCUUUCUGGGAGAUGGAGACGAAUGUGGGAGGAGGUGGUGAGGUUAGCAUGGUGCAAACACAGGCAGGAAUGCCAGAUUGGCUCCGCGGGUGCAUUGCACUGCACUGCACUCACCUUGCCACCACCUCCCAUUUCCCAACAUCACAAGGUGAGAUGGGCAUCUGCUCCUGCCUCAAAGUGCUGGUAGCAGGAAAUGACAAUCCCUUUGAUUUAGUUUUCAAAUCACCUACAAAUUGUGGAGUCUGGAUGUCUCCUAAGUGACAUUCUGAGGUCUGCAUGUGCUCCUGCCCAUGUUGAACACCAUAUGCCCCAGACAACUUUGAAUUGUUACCAGAGAGCCCAUUAUUGAAUUAACAAAAUGGCCCUGUUUGCUGUUUGAAGCUCCUCUUCAUAAUUAAUUGAUACAAAUCAAUUUAUGUAUCCAAAAUGUGUUGUUCUGAGUGCCAUGAAGUAUUAUUUUACCAGGAAAUAUUUUCUAAGAUGGUGUAGCUUUGACAUCUGAAAUAUCCUUGUUAGAAAGGAGCAGCAGGCAUGUAGUUACUGCCAGCAACAUAAUUCUUCCACAGAAGCUUAGUUUCUUUGUAUAAGCAAUGUUAAGUGAUGGAGCUAAAAUGUAUUUUCUAAAUGGUUGCAGCAUUAAGUAACCAGUUACUGUUACAUGUCUGAAGACAUAAACACACACACACACA